AUGAGUGGUAUCUUGAAAAGCUGGAUACGCAGCAAAGUAGGACAAUCGCUGAAAACAGUGGCAGAAAAUCCAAUACGACUCGUGCAGAGCCAGAGGGUGCAGGUGAUGAGGUUUCUUACAUAUGAAAAACCGGUACUUGCAGAGGUUUCUGAUAUGGAGACGUUUAUGUGUUGCGAGUUUACACAAGAAUGUGUAGAAGCAUAUCAGAUGGAGUUUAAAAAACGCUUUACACAAAUCAAAGGGGCGUAUUUGACUCUAAAAAAUAUGGAGCUUCGAAUUUAUGAAGCAGAGAAUUUUACGGUUUCAGCACGAUUGAUUGUUCCGAAAAUCCAGUUUUUAGGUGGAGAAGGAGAAGCAAUUGUUGGUCACCCGGUGUUUUUUACAGAGCAUCAAGAGAUACGUAUGCUGUUACGAUCUCCACAAGUUCAGGGAUUUCUUUGGCCUCCGUUAUCAGUAGAACAAGCAAGCGAAGGAACCAAUGUUCUUUCAAAAAAAAAUGUUUGGGACGACAAGGAUGAACCACUGAAUGAAUUGACUAGGAUCUCAGAACCGACAGACGAUACCAAGAAACGUGGGUUUUGGUCAACACAUAGAAACAAAGAUGAAUCUCACAAACUAACAAAAAAACGACAAAGAGUCUUACAUCCUGGCUGGAGGGGACUUUUUGAAAUUACAUAUAGGGAUUGUAUUAUUAGUGAUGAGCAACAAAAAAUACUAAAACGGGAUGACUCUUGGUAUCCUCCGAUCAAUGCGUUUCAGCAAGAAGCUUUUGCAUCUGACAAAACAGUCACGCCUAUGUCAAAGUCACAUCAAAAAACGGCUUAUUCUCCAAAUUAUAGCGGAGACAAUUUGGAUUCUCCACCAGAAAGCAUAUUUUCAUGGGAAGAAUCCCCCAUAUUAAACAAAAGUUCAGCCUCUAUCCUAGAAACAAAAAUAAAUGACGAAAAACAAAUCUUUCAUAUGGAAAAAAAAGAAUUUUUCAGUGAUAAUGAUACGCUUCCUCCAAGUUCGUCGCCUACCAUGUGUAGUCCUUAA